CAAGUGAUUCCAAAGCUCAUUUUGUGCUGCCAGAUAGUUACCAAGUCACAUGGUGGCCAGGUGACAGACCACAAGACAACAUACAGAGUGACAGCACUACAGGUGACCACCUGUUGAUAACUGGGUUACGACCUUCAACAACAUACACUGUCAUUGUUGAGGCACGGAAAAUUGAGAAAUACAAGGACUAUGACGAAGGCACAUCCAUGACUGAGACACCAGAUGGCCUGAAUGCCUUUAUCUUGUCUUCCAAGUCGAAGCAGCUGUCUGUGAAGACUGCUAGCCCACCAGAUCCUCCAGCAAAUGUGGGCAUCAUUGCCUUGACCUGUCACAGCCUCAAGGUUGGCUGGGACCCACCGAGAGAACAUGGGUCUGAGAUUAUCG